ACGUAAAUGAUUAAUAAAUAAUGAUUAAAUUUCGAAGAGAAUUACAAUUACUUGUAUCAAAUGUAAAUAAUAUACAAGGACAGUAUUAUUCAAAUCAACAGAAACAAUAUGUUUUAAAGAAUGAAUCAAUAAACAAUAACAGUACAAGUAUAAAUAAUAAUACGAGUACGUUAACAGAUACAUUUGGACGAUUUCAUGAUUAUUUACGUAUUUCGUUAACGGAACGAUGUAAUUUACGAUGUAAAUAUUGUAUGCCAUCAGAAGGUGUGCAAUUAACAAAACAAUCCAAAUUAUUAACGACCGAUGAAAUUAUUUAUAUAUCAAAAUUAUUUGUACAACAUGGCGUUACUAAAAUACGUUUAACGGGAGGUGAACCAACAAUACGAAGAGAUUUAACAGAUAUUAUAUAUGAAUUAAAACAAUUAAAAGGUUUACAAAAAGUUGGAAUUACAACAAAUGGUUUAACAUUAACCAAACAAUUAGUUAAGUACCAACGAGCGGGUUUGGAUUUAAUCAACAUAAGUUUGGAUACGCUAAAACCAGACCGCUUUAUCGAAUUAUCACGCCGUAAAGGACACGAACGCGUCCUAGCUGGUAUACAUUUAGCAUUACAACUCGAUUAUCAACCAAAAAUUAAUUGUGUUCUGAUGAAAAACAUUAAUGACGAUGAACUCUUAGAUUUCGUUGACCUAACAAAAGAUCUAAAUGUCGAUGUACGCUUUAUCGAAUAUAUGCCAUUCGAUGGUAAUAAAUGGAAUCAAACCACUAUGGUAUCAUUUCAAGAAAUGUUGAAUGCGAUUCGAUUAAAAUAUCCGAAUUUAGAAAAAUUAGAAAAUCAUAAAAAUGAUACAUCGAAAACGUUUAAAAUCCCGGAAUUUAAAGGAAAAAUUAGUUUUAUAACAUCGAUGACGAAUCAUUUUUGUAAUACUUGUAAUCGACUGCGGAUUACAGCUGAUGGGAAUUUGAAAGUAUGUUUGUUUGGUAAUACUGAAGUAUCGUUACGAGAUUUUAUACGAUCGGAACAAUUCAAUGAAGACGAAUUAGUAUAUUUGAUUAAUGCAGCUGUUCGAAGGAAGAAACAACAACAUGCAGGUAUGCUGAAUUUAUCAAAAAUGAAGAAUCGUCCUAUGAUAUUAAUAGAUACAAAUACAAGAUUUUCAUUAUCAUUCAAUCAUAAAUCAAUAUUAAUAAAUAAUAAUCAAAUCCGACUUUAUUGUACUCAUAAAUUAACACAUCUAGAUAAAGAUGGUAAACCCAAUAUGGUGAACGUAAGUAAAAAAUCAAUAACACAACGUGUAGCCAAAGCACAAUGUUACGUUCAAUUACCAAUCCAUAUCAUACAAGUAAUCAAACAAAAUCAAUCGACUCAAAUCCAUUCGCAUAAAGGGAAUAUAUUAAAUAUCAGUGAAUUAGCUGGUAUUAUGGGUGCAAAACGUACACAUGAAUUAAUACCUUUAUGUCAUGCAAUAUCAAUAACGUCCGUCCAAGUUAAAUGUGAAUUAUUGGAAACAGAAUCAAAAAUUAAAGUUGAAUCGUAUGUGGAAUGUAUGGAUCGUACUGGUUGUGAGAUGGAAGCUUUAACUGCAUGUACUGUGGCAGCUUUAACUAUUUAUGAUAUGUGUAAGAAGUUAUCACAUGAAAUUGUUAUAUCGGAUGUUCAUUUAUUACAUAAAUCUGGUGGACAAUCUGGUAAUUAUAAUAAAACAUCAACGUAGACUUCAUGAAAGGGAAUGGAGACAGCUAUCAUUUGAAGCUCUAUGCUUUUAACAACGAAAAAAUCUUGACGAAAUAAAUAAAACCGGAUACAAUCAACGUGAUUAAUGAACUAAAAUAUUUUUGUAUUAAAUUGU